AAAUCAUGAUUGAUAUAGAAAAUAUAACAGAUACAGUUUAUAAUAAUCUUGUAAAUGUAGAUGAUAUUGAUAAAAAUUUAGAAAGUAUCUAUGGGUUUUAUUUUAAAAUGACAAUUAAUUUAGAUACAUUAAUAAAUGAAGUUCCAUUAGAAAUAGAACAAGAUCAAUAUGAAUAA